AUGCAGCCUGCGCCGGCGUUGUUUCGGCCACCGCCACCGUACAAAGAUGAUCAUGAUAUCACCUAUACGCACAGCCUUCCCUCUUUGACGCACUGCGCACCACACACAGAGCCAUUCGAUGAGAAAAAUGUGUCCUAUUCAGCGCUGACGGACCAGCAUCGCCAACAUAUGCGGCGUGUGCAUGAUCUGCUUCACUUAUCUCUGUUACGUCAAGAUCACGAGCGGGCUGUACGUUGUUUUAUCAUUCUUCUUAGAUCUCAGGACUGGCGUCCUCUAGAGUUAUGGAAACUUGGACUCCGGAUAGCAUGCAUGGAUGCUCACAAUGAUGCGGCGCAGAAGUACUUAUUGCGUAUAUCACGGACACGUACGGCAUUAAGACCCUAUUCCCUGCCUUUUUUGAUCCGCGAGUGGAUCAGAAAUGGUAAUUAUCAGCAAGCGCACGAAGAACUCAGCAGUAUCAUUACCUCUUUCCCGUAUCGACUUCACCCCCUUCUGCAUACAUACCUUGGUCUCCUAACGUUGUAUAUCGGGCAUGCUGAACCACAAGAGUAUUUACAUGACAUACCGCAUAUGUCUACAUCUUUCAUUGUAACUCCAGGUGUGCGGCGCACGGCCAGAUUUCACUUUGAAAAUGCAGUCAAGGUGGCCCCACGUUACAUGGCAUACCAAUCAGCUCUAUGCAAGCAUCGUUUCACACAACAUUUUCAUCGCCUAAAUCGACUUCGACGCCGCGCACAACAGCAUCGCGUUCGUUUGUGGAGAAGGCUUCGUCAGUUCGGAUGGGUGUUUUGCGAUGAUACCGCUUGGGCGUCUCAAACCAAUCAAGAUCAAGAGGAGGACUCAUCUGACUCUAUGGCAGAACUAUCUGAUUCAGCCGUCCUGCCUUCUAGUGAUUAUUUUGGACUGGAACUGGAUUUUCCCUUGCCCUCAGAUGAGUCUGAUGCAGAGCCAGCGUCUGCGGGAGAGACGGAAGUUUCGGAAGGACCGUCAUUACCUGAAAGUGCUACGACAAGUCGCAAUGUGACGCCUGAACCAAUGGCUUCAUCAGAAAGCGAGUCGGAUGAAAGGGCUAUCGACCCAGAUCCCACCUUUCUGAUUACGGUUCCCGCCGUCCAAUGUAGUGUGCACAUGGCCACUACGUGCCUUCGGUGGCUAGACGAAUCUACUCGUUGA